CCGUUCGGCUCCUCGAAGUUAGUUUAUGUAAACAAGGUCAAGUAUUCACCGCAGUAUUCACUCGUCACUGACUCGCUUGGCAUCUUUUCUCUUGAGAACGAUUUAUUCAGCGAUACAGGCAGCACACCUCUUACAGUGAGAGCUGGAGAGGGAUAAGAGCAAGCCAGACCACCAGAGAGGGACAGAGAAAAAGAUUUCCUUGAGCACCAGUCAGGAUGAUGCAGUGUCUGCAGAUUCUGUAUGAACCAACUAAGAACGUCACAGCCAAGUUUAAGGAGUUUCGUAAGAAGUCGAAAAAUGAGAAGAGAGAACCUCUGGACGAGAGCCAGCAGUUCAUUGUGAACCUCGCUAAGGAUCUGAGACGAGUCUGUCAGAGGUCAGAGGUGUUGGAGCACAUCUCCAGCAGUGAGGAUGUUUGGCCCACGCUCACCUGCCGGUCCUUCAUAUUGGAGUGGGCCUCCAUGCUGGAGAGCAAGAAGAGGCCAAUGCAGACAGAUGGCUGGCCAGAGAGAAGUGAGUGGAAGGAUCAGGCUCUGACCAAUGAGCUAGAUAUGGAGAGUGCAAAGAGAGUCAUUCUCACCUGGACCAAAGACCUGAGGGCCCAACCAGAGCAAAGUGUCUGGCCUGGAGAGCAGGUGGUGGUGGUUUUGGAUGACUUUGAGAAUCACUGGAGAAGAGGCCGAAUGGCCACACUGCAGUCAGCUCUGGAGCUGGUGUUCUGGACCCUACUCAACAAAGAACUAGACAAGGAGAACAUUCCCCAAAAGUGGUUAAUGUGGAAACAGAGGAUCCAAAACAUAGGUGCCACCCCAUAUAUUCCUCACACAGUAUGGGACUGGAUCUGUGAUGCCGGAGUGGAGGUGACCCUUGACCUGGACACUGCCAACCCUGACCUGCUGAUCUCUGAGGACGAGAAGCGAAUGCGGUGUGGUUUUGAGCGCAAAGACGUGCCCAACUACCACCAGCGUUUCGACGGCUGGUGGUGCGCAGUUGGAACUGAAGGCUUCAGCAAUGGCCGGCACUACUGGGAAGUCGACGUUGGAGAAAUGGACUGGCGAAUCGGUAUGGCCAAAGAGUCAGCCUUACGUAAGGGCUUCAAGUCCCUCAACACUGCCACUGGCUAUCUAACCCUGCGUUUGGAGCGUGGUACGGAGCUGAAGGCCCUCACUGUGCCGUUCACUGCCCUUCCUGCCACCUCCAUUCCCCGUAAAGUUGGCAUUUACCUGGACAUCGACAAGGGCCAGCUGUCCUUUUACAAUGUGGAGAGCCGCUCCCACAUCUACACCUACAACGAAACAUUUGACGAGAAGCUCUUCCCAAUCUUCGGAACAGUGGAGAUCAUGAAAGACCUGGUGAUUAGGUUGCCCAGAAACAGGAGCCACUGCAUGUGUCCCAGCAUGUGCUUGUGGGGUUGAGACCCUUAACUGAUCCGAGCCUAGUGCUUAAUCUCUAGACCAGUGGUUCUCAGUUGGUGGGUCGAGAUCCAAAAAUGGGUUGCAGGGCUGUUUGGACUGGACAGCAAGGACAAAACAAUGCAUGAACAGGUUGUGUGACAUGCCCUCAUCCUUGAAAACCAUAAACAAAACUACACAAGGCAAAAGAAAAUAAGUUACUUUCCCAGUCAGCUUGUGUCAUGUUAUUGAUUUUGAAUAUUGUUGGGCCUAUGCAGUUCUUGGUAAUAUUCAUAAAAUUCACUGUUUUAUUUUAAUGACAUUUGUAUUUACUUUUGUAUGAUGAAUAAUUUUGGUACUGUGUUGGGUGGCUUCAUGAUGUCCAAUUUCUGGGUUCUAAAGCAAAAGCAGUUGAGAACCACUGGCCUAGACCUCUCAUUAGCAUUAGAUAGAUCACCGGGCCAUGUUAGUUGGUCAUAUUUAAGUGACUGACAGUGAUCAAUAUAGCAGUAUAGACCAAUAAUUCCAUCAGAGUAGUACUAGUGUACAAUCUGUUUCAACUACUGCUUCUGUGGUACUUCUGAACAUACUGCUGUCUGCACCUUAUUACAAUGUGUUCACCUGCCCUGUCUGCACUUUCACAUUCAUUUGACAAACUCAAAUCAUGACAUGAAAAUGCACUUAAUAAUAAUAAAAUUAAUUAAUCUCA